AGCUUGCUGGUCAAGGUACAUUUGUGUGAAAUUAUUUUUAAAAAAUUCAAUGGACUGGCUAUUUCUUAACUAUAAAAGGCAAAAGAGAGAGAUUGCUCGUUCAUGAAAUAUCCUAUAUUGUUGAAAAAAAAAUCAAACUCCAAGUUACACGACGCAGUUUUGUAUUCACUUCUAAUCGACAUUAAUGCCCCCAACUAAAUUUUCAUUUACGAUUAUUCAAUCAACGAUGUAGAUCAAUCAUAAAAUUUUUAUUUUAGAUCAUUUUUUUUUCACUCUACAAUUUUUCAAAUCACAAUGAUUAUCCCCGUGAUAUUUAUCAUCCGAUAUUUCAAAUCCAAUUAUCUUUAACUACUCAACCUGAUUAAACCAGAAGGGUGGAAAUAAUAAUCGUCCAUAAACUAGGUUACCCCAAGCCCAUCCACAAGAGCCCAAGAAAAUUGUUCUACAUAUUCCAAGGGAACAAGCACACGAUACCUUCCCCAAGGAAGAGAAUAAAAAAAAAUAAAAUUCAUUUAAUCUCGCCAUUUUAACAAUCCAAUGAACCAUUAAUCAACCAGUAUAAUUCAAUUAUCGAUUGUCAAUAUAAAUAGAGGUGGCUUUUUGGGGCUGGAGGGAUGUCGAGUAUUCUCCAAUUUACUCCCUCCAUCGUCCCCACCUUCUCAUUUAUUUAUUUUUCCACCUUCGAAAACAAAAUGAGAAACGUCGAAAAAAUAUGAAAAAAAAAAAUCUUUUACUCAUACAUCUUCAUUCAGAUGUUGUUCUCGAUGGGAUUGAUGUACGCAGGCGCUGGGGGCGUCAGACGCCGACGCCGUCCUGGCACCCCGAAGAAAAAUUUAUCCCACUGGUGUUAGCGUCAGUGCGCUCGAGGUAGCACAGCCUCACGGUCGAAUGUCAAUAUGUUGAUUAUUUUAAUUUUACCCCUUUGAAAGCCACCUGGAGAGGGCUUAAUCGUCGAGUGACAUUAGCACGUGACAGAGCUGAGGACCUCCUCAGAUCCCGAAAAGGGCAAUUUCCUCACGAACUCCCCAACAAUUAUAAUUCGAUUUAAUAUCUGGUUUCCUUAACUGUCGUUGAUAAUCGUUUCUCUCUCGAUAAUUAAGCGAGUGGUGUUUGAGUGAAAGAAAGUGGCCGAUUGAAUAAUGAAAGCCAGAGGGAGAGAAUUCGGAAAACCGUUAAAACACGAGGGAAAAAGGGUGGAUUUUCAUUAAAGCAAUGUAACUGCAAUCUCGGAUUAACAAAGGACAGUGAAUAUUAAUUGACUGCUGCACCUGAGGGAGCCAGUAAUUACCCGAUGUUGAGAUUAACUUGUGUCAGAGGAGGCUUGAAGUACAGGAAGACGAACACUCGUGACAACUCACGUGUGAAAGCGUAUGAAUUUGCGUCAGUGAAUGGAGACGAAGGAGCAAUUGAACUGGCGACAAUUGGAAUUAAAUUUACUGGCUUUGGAAUGCCAUCGUUGUGAGGAGAGUUUUGAUGGACUCAAGACGAUGAUAAUCUUCAAAGUUAAACCUGGUGAUCAGGGGGAAUCACGAUGACGACCUCGGUGACCGGGUUUAAGGAGCUUUGAGGGAUAAUUUGUCAUUGAGAAGCGAUUAUUGGGCUCCAUGUGAAUGAUGCCGGGUAUUGUGGUGUUCCGAAGGAGAUGGAGCGUCGGAAGUGACGAUCUCGUUGUACCCGGUGUUUUUCUUCUUGCUCUUCAUCUCAUUUGCUCCUACCCAUAUUCCAACACAUUCACCACUACUGGGCAGGGAAAAUACCAGUUAGAGGAGGUAAACAAGAGAUUUAUUCACGAGUAACGCCCACUGGACACCAGUUAUACGAGUCCACGUGGGUGCAUUUCCUACAACUACUCAGACAUUUAACGCACAUGCAUAUGCGUAACACUGCGGUUUUGAGAUUAAAUACUAUUGUGUUUGGAAAUCUGAGUGCACGGCUGCCUCUUGCGGUUUAACAAUGCCGGGUCUCGUGGCUUUUGGAAGACGUUGGCGCACUGGAAGUGACGACUUGGUCCUUCCUGGGCUGGCGCUCGCUGGGGUACACGUCUGCGAGGUUGUGAUCCUGGGAGUGCUCCUGGGAGUAGUAGAAUGGGAUCGUUCGGUAACCUGUGUCCUCCUGCUCUGGGAAUAUAUCCUCGGCUACCUCGGUAUAUUCAUCAUUUCGAUGGCCAUUGAACUGGCCAUUUGCAUUCUCGCAACACGUGGGAGUAUCCUCGACACCCUUCCGAGAGCCCCCAUGCAGCAUCUUUUGUACAUCAAAGUGUUUUUAUUAUUAUUAGAAACGGGAUGGCUCUGUGCCGGUGUCACGUGGCUGGUGUAUUAUUACACAAAUUGUCCAGCAGCGCAAGCCAAAGAAGUCAUUCUAGGAUUAGUUAUUUGCAAUUGGUGUAUAUUGGCAUCGGUGAUGGUGACAGUCUGGUGCACCUACGAUGCAGCCGGAAGGUCCUGGGUCAAGAUGAAAAAAUACCAGAGGAGUAUGAGAGAGGCUGAGUCCCGCGGUGGUGGGAGAAUGCACUACAAACGUAGCGGGAGUAGAAAUAGGAACUGGAGGCAGCGGAAAGUUAUUAGGGCGUACCAGGACAGCUGGGAUAACCGGUGUCGGAUGUUGUUCUGCUGCAUGGGAAAUUCUGACAGAAAUAGAAAUUCCUUCGCAGACAUAGCAAAACUCCUCAGCGAUUUCUUUCGCGAUCUCGACGUCGUUCCAUCUGACGUAGUGGCUGGUCUAGUCCUUCUUCGUAAAUUCCAAAAAAUCGAGCGCGAGCUCAUAGUGAAGCAGCGAAAAAACGAUACCUAUGAAUUUUUAUCCGGCGUUCCCAUAACUCCGAGGACCAAGUUUCUCUCCCUGACUGAGGAUGGCGAUUUGGCACAUUUUCAAGACGCUAUUCACUACAUGCACUUUGCCCUGGCUGCCUACGGCUGGCCAUUAUUUUUUAUCAAUCACACGACGGGCCUCUGCCAAUUGUGCACCAGACUUCGAUGUUGUUGUUUUCCCUGUAUAAAACACGAGGACGACGCCAUAAUUAUUGAGGACAAUUGUUGUCAAUGCAACUACGCUGCACUUCGUCGUAUGAUUGAAAUUGGAGAAAUUGAAAUUAUUUACGCGACAUUUCACGUUGAUGUUGGAGAGACGCCAUUCUUCGUGGCACUUGACUAUACAAAGAAAAAAGUUGUCAUCAGUAUUCGCGGUACACUUAGUAUGAAGGAUGUUCUCACUGACUUGAAUGCCGAGGCUGAAGUACUACCAUUGACACCACCUAGGGAUGACUGGUUGGGGCAUAAGGGGAUGGUGCAAGCUGCUGAAUACAUUAGGAAGAAAAUUUAUGACGAGCAGAUCAUUACUACAGCUUUUGCCAAGGAUCCAGCAAGAGGAACAGAUCAAUUCGGCCUGACUCUGGUGGGCCACUCCCUCGGUGCAGGUACUGCAUCAAUUCUCGCGAUUCUCCUCAGGCAAGAAUAUCCGGAUCUGGUCUGCUUCUCGUACGCACCACCUGGGGGUCUUCUGAGCAUGCCUGCCCAGGUCUACACUCAGGAGUUCAUAACAUCUGUGGUGGUGGGCAAAGACGUGGUGCCUAGGAUAGGACUCAGGCAGAUGGAGAGCUUGCGUGCUGACUUGAUAAACGCCAUAAAACGCAGUGUUGAUCCCAAGUGGAAGACAAUAGCCUGCUCGGUUAUGUGCUGCGGAUGUGGAUCCACACCGACCUCCGCUGCGAAUUUGGAAGCUGGUGGAUGCAUCGCAGAAUAUCAGAGGGAUAAGGAUCAGGCAAGAGCACAGACCAUUGUUCCAAGUGAUUCUAGCAUUGCGUUGACACUUCACACACCGCUUUAUCCACCUGGGAGGAUCAUUCACGUUGUCAGGCAUCAUCAGAAUAAGGGCGAGCCCAAGUACGAGUCCAGAUGGAGAAAUCUCUUCCGAAAACGGGAGCCCGUAUAUCAAGCCCUCUGGGCAAGUCCCAGUGAUUUCGAUGAAGUUCUCAUAAGUCCUGUAAUGAUACAGGAUCACAUGCCCGAUACAAUGCUAAAGGCCCUCAACAAGGUUGUAACAACCCUGGGGCCAACGAAGCCGCAACGAGUGGCGUCAGGCCAGACAUCGUCAGCCGAGGCGUCAGAGGUGCGUGAGACCCUUGAGAUCCAGGAGUUGGAGCUCGAGCAGGAGAUGCGUGCCCUCUUAUCACCACAGAGCCCCGGAAAAACACGUUCAUUAACAGUGGGUACAUCACCCCACAGAUUAUGUCUCGAGACGAGCUUCACUUCCCUCCAGAGCCCCACUGAUAUACCUCAGGCUGGACGUGAAUUGAGUGUUGACUCCCACGGGAUACCCUGGGAGUACGUCAGUAUUGCCAGUGAAUUAGCUACCCCGAGGCACGACCUGAACAAAUUGUUCAAUCAUCCACUCAACUGGGAGUACACCCAGAGGAUAGCCCCGCUGGCAACCCCCGAGACGAUGUCCGAGGCGAGCAAUCCACCAUCACCUCUUCCUGUGACAAGGCCCAUCCGGAGAACACCAAAAAUACCGGGGAAUCUCUCGACGGCUGCUGACGAUUUCAAGAGUAAUUUGCACUUUGCCAUGCUGACUGUUAAGAAUUGUAGUUUCAGGGAUGAUAAUCAUGGGGGUAGUAAUAGUAGUAGUGGUAAUAGUGAGGCUAGUUUCGAGACAGCAAGAAGCAACAAGGAGCAACCACUACCACCAGUGCCACGGAGACGGGAUUCUGUUAUUCUGAGGAGGGAGCACAAUGUAUGUACAGCGGCCUGUUGUCGAGACGAUCAAUCAGAGUCCUCCACUCCGUCCUCAUCACACUCAAUCAGGAUAACGCAGACAACCCAUCGAGUCCAGAUUGAUUUUCCUCAUACCGGAAUCCAGAGACGGGCAUCGAGCCUCGAUUAUUACGAUAAAAAAAGAGCUGGCCACGACAACAAUGAUGUUUUUUUCAGUGUCAGAAGUUCACCAGAGUGCAAAAGACUAAUGACACCGGCAACUGAUCUCGGCGCCGAGUGGAAAAAACGAUUUGACGCCAGUACUGGAAUAUCCACUGAUGCUUCACUUCCAUUACUUCGUGGUCUAUCACCAACACCUGGUCAUGCUCAACACACAUCGCCUUUUUUCAACGCCAAGAGAAAGAAAUACGUCUAUCCUAUCACCCUUGUUGGUAGGGGCGAGAGCAGUGUCUAAUGUUUGAUUUAAUCACGUGCGAAAACAUUUUCUAGAACUUUUCCUCCAAUCUAUCAAUCAGUAACAAAUUGAUAAAAUGGAACAAGUUAAUUUUGCCUAUUGGCCAGCUUUUUCUCGAUAUCUCGAAAUCUAGGGUAGAUGGGAAAAUUUUUAUUAUUGCCUUUUUUAUGGAGCGAAUUAAGUUCUACAACAAAUGUCAAUAGAAAGUUUCAUUAUUUGCCUUAGAUUCUGAGAUAUUGCUCAAAAACUGAGCUCCAAGAUGAAUCAAGUUAGAAAAUUUGUGGGAAAAUUCUGUUUCAUUUUGUGGAUUUUGCGAUUUUCGUUCUUUUAUAGACAAAAUUCGUUAAAUUGAAUUUUUUGACAAUUUCUUUUUCUCUACAAAUUUAGAUAAAAAAUUAAUUGUCCCAAAUUUUCAAUGUAUUGGAAGAUUUUCCUUGUGAAUCACUAGAUCUCUCUGUGAAAUUUUGUCGCACGCGAUAUUUACCUAUUAAUAAAAAUUGUACAAUAAAUGAAACACACAAUGGAGGAUAUAUUCAGCCAAGGGACCACGAUCUUUUGAGAAUGGAGAGAUGAGAAAAUAACAUGAGGCCUUAGUCGGUUGUAUUGCCUGUCCCUAUGGCCUGACAGAAAUCAAUUCCCAGUGGAUUUAGCUCUCCCUCAUUCGCUCAUUUUUUUCCCCAAGCUGAUUGGAAUAUCCAACUGCUGGCCUAUUGUAUCAUACGAGAUUCUUCCUCUCCUCGUCGAUUCCAAUUGCUCCCCUCCAGGGAAAAAGAAACUCCCAUCAUGAUGUUUCAAGAAAUAACCUUCGAUUUUAAUCGAUGAUGCUCUGUAAAUUAAUUUUUUACAUAAUUCUCGCUAUGUAGAAUAAUGGACGCACUGUACAUAGAUGGAAGGUUCGAGUAAUGUAGUUGUAAAAUUGUAUUUAAAAGAUAGUGAUCUCGUCUUAAGUAGUUGUGUUAGAUAUUUCGUUCUUUAAGUCAAUUUCUUUCCAUUAUUUAUUCGAUCAACAAUUUUUUUAACGACUGUAUUUAUUGAAAAGAUAAUUUAGUUUCUCUUGUAAUUAGAAUGACGAUAAUGAUGAUUAAAGUUGUUGAAAACUGUGAUGAAAGAGAAAAAUUGUCAUUUUUAU